CUAUAAUACCCACAUUGCACCGCGCCACACUAGACCGUCAGGCACUGCUGCGAUAGUAUCGACAAAUUGCUUGGUUUGUUCAGUCUUGGAAAGCUUCGAGUAUGGACCAAGACAACAAUUCUGAGGACCAGUCUGUGGGACGAUUGGAGGAUCCUUCAGAAAUGGCACCACUUUCUCUUCCUCCAGGAAUUUCGGACAGUGAAGCAAUGGAACUGCUUUGGAAAUAUCGAGGCCAGCGUCGCCAGUCAUCACCUGACCUACCAGAGACAGUGACCCGUCUUAUUUCCCCUGAUGGCAGCCUUCUGUACUUAGUGGGCACUGCCCACUUCAGUGACAGCAGCAAACGGGACGUAGCUUCGACGAUCCGUGCUGUGCAACCAGAUGUGGUUGUUGUGGAGUUGUGCCAGUACAGGGUGUCCAUGCUGAAGCUGGAUGAGAACACAUUGCUGAGGGAAGCCAAAGAGAUUAACCUUGAGAAGGUCCAGCAGGCCAUCAAACAGAAUGGCGUGAUGUCUGGCCUGAUGCAGAUUCUCCUGCUCAAGGUUUCUGCUCACAUCACUGAGCAGCUUGGCAUGGCUCCUGGUGGGGAGUUCAGGGAAGCCUUCAAAGAGGCUGGACAUGUGCCAUUCUGUAAAUUCCAUCUUGGAGACAGGCCCAUUCCUGUGACGUUGAAGAGGGCCAUCGCUGCUCUCAGCCUGUGGCAAAAGGCCCGUCUUGCUUGGGGUCUUUGCUUCCUUUCAGACCCAAUCAGCAAAGAGGAUGUAGAGAAAUGUAAACAGAAGGACCUGCUGGAACAGACCAUGUCAGAGAUGAUCGGAGAGUUUCCGGCACUUCACCAAACCAUCGUGGCUGAGAGAGACAUCUACCUCACACACACACUGCGCCAGGCUACACGUUGUGUGGAGGCUCCCCCUAAUGCCCAGAAAGUGCCUGCUGUUGUGGUGGGAGUUGUCGGAAUGGGUCAUGUGCCUGGCAUUGAAAGAAACUGGGAUAAGCAGCUCAACAUCAGUGAAAUUAUGAGUGUUGCACCCCCAUCUCAAUUUGGCUGGGUUUUGCACACUGUAGUUAAAGGUGUCAUGAUCGGGAUGUUGGGGUAUGUCUGCUACCGUGCUGGAGGGAGUUUAGUUCGAGCCCUGUUGUCUUCAUCUGCUGUCCGAUCAGUUGUGGACAAUCUACGACCAUCUCCUGCUUGACCUCACAGGUCAGCUGAAAGCCAUCACAGACUGACACAACAGUUGCUUCAUGAAAACGGCGCAUCUUUUACCAGUGGCCUUAAGAGGAUGUUUGGCUAAAAGGCAAGGUUGCUCAGCCAACAAAGACCUCAGGGGCGCUGUGGUGCCCCAAUGGACAUGGUACAGCCUUACUGCCAAAGAAACCAACACGCACAUGAUUGUUUUGGCAUUUGUGGAACAGGCUUUAUUCUCUAACGUUUAAAAAAAUACACUCUUUGUGAUGUUUCAAGGUUUAUUCAUUUCUAAAACUAGGAACAUUUAAAAUUAGGAGACAUUUUUAAUUUUAUGGUUCGUGAAAUCCACAAGAAAUCAUCUUCAGCCAAACCGCCCGGCAAUGUUUUCAUACAAGUUUAAGAUAUCCUUUAUUUGUCCCACACUGGGGAAAUUUACAGUCUACAGCAGCAAGAUUGUGGAUAGAAAGAAGAAAGAAGGAAAAAAAACACAGUUCAAUUAAGUGCAAUAUAAAUACAAAUAUGGAUAAGGUCGCAGUGCUAUUUACAUUUAUUUUUGUUUCUCCUUUUUCGUCUCCAUUCUAGUGCCAGUUGUUGGUUGGCAAUCAUUUUAUAUGCAAUGAAUUAGAAAAAGAAAGGCUAAUGGCAAAAUGAAAAUGACCGUGGGGUUUUUUUUUCCAACUUGUUUUUACAUUAUUGGUACGGUGAGUUGUCAUGAAAUCCUUACCAGUUACUCGGCAUGUAUUUGUAGACUUAAGUUUUCCAUGUUCACAGACCUGCCUAUACUUAACAAGUGCCUCUGAAUGCAUCAGCAAGUGUGAAUGCAUUCUUGGCAUACUGUAUGACCCCCAGAGGUCAGUACAAAUUUUGAAACUUCUCAAGGUAUAUUUUAUAUGUAGUUAUUUUAAAUGGUGACUUUCAAUGUGUGAUACAUUGAUUUCAAUAGAAUCAGUACCACGGCACCUAGAUUCAUGCGAGACUCAUUACAGGCAAGGCUUAUGUUUCUCAGGGUGAGUAAAGUAUGAAUAAUAAUACUAAUCAUUGUCCCCCUCACAAACCUACAGCACUGUUAAUAUAACUUGUCCAGAGUUUGGCAUGAAUCAGUUGGGCCUCAAUCCCUUGUUUAAGGUUCAUUCAGGACUGAUUUUAUAUGUGCAGCAAAUCAUCCGUAAAGCCUGCACAAGACAGCAUCGAACAUUCACUUCACCAGCUCUUUGUACUGCAGUACUGCAGACCCCCUUCCAGCUGUAAUAAUUGUCUUUAAAUGUGUAAAAUCGUCAGUACUUUGGAAACGCUUCUCAGUAGACUGCAAACUUGGAUACUCUGGCUGCCAUAUCUGUUCUGCCUUUGAGAAUUUCAUUUCUCCGUAUCAUGAUACAGUAUUGAUUCUCUUUGAACCAACAUUGAAUUGUAUUCAUAAUGCAGAUGAUGCCACAUUGAACUAGGAGUCUAGAUAAUUUCAUGGUCUCACAGCUGUAAACCUGCAUUGAUAGACAAAACGCGCCUCCCUUGUUAAUUUGCAAUAUUAUCCAUUGUUGAUUAAGCGCAAACAAUGCCCCUUUGUCAAAUGCUAUCGGACCUUGAAAAGGUGUCACUAAAAGCGUCAUUGUGCUUAAAUUCAUGUUUACAUAAAAUCCUCUCUAAAUGUACACAGUAAUUGUGUUAUUGUACUGAGAAAAUGUCUGCUUUUAUUCCUCAGUGUGCUCUCACUGGAAGCCAAAUGUUAAGUCUAAAUCAAGAUUUCUGUUUCCAAAUAAAAAAGUAACGACGGCAA